AUGGUCUGGACAGAGAGAGAGAAAUACACCUGGAUAGAUGACCUAGAUGGAGCGGAGAAGGCAUUCUACGGCAUGUCUCAAGCUUUCAGGGGUGUUGGUAAAGAGCAUGGCUCUGUAUAUGUAGCCUGCAAGAUCAGCGCAAAGGAUGUAGACCUCGAUUCACGUUUAGGAACCCUUCUACGUGAUGCCUGGAAACGACUGCGAUUUGACUUCCCAUCCUUGACCGUCGUCAUAGAUGGCCCAAGCAAGCUCUACCAAGCUGCCAGUGUUGAGAACGUGGAGCGGUGGGCAGAGGAGACCUUCUCUAUCGACUCGACGCUUUCAAUCAACCAGAUACUACCAACGCUGCACCUAAAGAAGCUACCAUGCUUAAUAUUCCUUCCUUCAUCGUCUGACAUAAUUUUUCACUCGUCCCAUUGGCGCAUCGACGCUCUGGGUGCCUGUAUGGUACUGAAUCGUCUGUUCGACCUUGUUUCCCGUUGCAUGGUAGAGGAAGUAGAACCACCGUGGGAGCUUGAGUAUCAGAAUCUGUCUCCGAGCCUUGAAGAUGCAUUCGCCUCUCCUAAGGUCUACACGGCGGACAUGGAGACUUUAGCGGAAGAUAUUCGAAGGAGAAAUUUUGAGACGGCGUACCCAUCUGCCGGGCUGGUCUACAAGGGAGAUAGCAGUACCUCCCCAGGCCAGUCGCAAGCUACAGCGCUGGGGUUUAGUACUAAAUCUACUAGUGACUUGGUCAUGGCUUGCAAAGCCCGUGGCAUCAGUGUCACCGCUGCACUGUAUAGUUUCAGCUAA